CGACACCGUCGGAUAUGGCAACCUUGAUACCGGCUUUUGGGGCGGGCCGAGCCGCCCCGCCGGCCGAGGCGUCGUCUUCCUCACACGGCUUUGACUACGAUUUAGUCGUGGUGGGCGGUGGCUCGGGAGGUCUGGCCGCAUCCAAGGAGGCUGCGUCGCUGGGUGCCAAGACGGCCGUGCUCGAUUUUGUCCAGCCCUCGCCGCAGGGUACCACCUGGGGCUUGGGUGGCACUUGCGUCAACGUGGGAUGCAUUCCCAAAAAGCUGAUGCACCAGGCCGCCAUCAUUGGUCAUACCAUUGAGGAUGCCACCUCUUUUGGUUGGGACCUGCAACGUCCGGAGAAGCCCAACUGGUCCACGCUCGUGGAGGGUGUCCAGAACCACAUUCGCUCCCUGAACUGGGGCUAUCGUGUGGCCCUGCGGGACAAGAAUGUGACCUACUUGAAUGCCUAUGGGUCUCUACUGGAUGCACAUACCAUCAAUACGGUCAACAAGCGUGGCAAGGAGCAAGUGAUCACCGCCGACAAGAUCAUUCUCUGCCCGGGUGGACGCCCGCGCUAUCCUGACAUUCCGGGUGCCAAAGAGUUUGGCAUCACCUCGGAUGACAUCUUUUCUCUGGACCGUGAGCCUGGAAAGACCCUGGUCAUUGGCGCGUCUUACGUCGCCUUGGAGUGUGCUGGCUUCCUUGCAGCCUUUGGCUACGACACCACCGUGAUGGUGCGCUCUAUCCUUCUGCGUGGAUUCGAUUCUGAAAUCGCCCAAAAAAUUGGCGACCACAUGGAGCGUCAUGCCCAUGUCAAGUUUGUGCGCCAAGCCACCCCGGACCGCAUCGAAAAGCGUGAGGACGGUCGCUUGGUUGUCCACUACACCCAAAACGGCGAAGCGGUGUCAGACGAGUUUGAUACAGUGCUCUUUGCCAUUGGCCGCGACGCGUGCACCAGCACCAUGGGCCUGGAUAAGGCCGGCGUGCAGCUGAAUGAACGCAAUGGCAAGGUUGUUGCCAAUGAAGCGGAUCAAACCAACGUGCCCAAUAUUUACGCCAUUGGCGACGUGCUGGAGGGCAAACCUGAGCUCACCCCUGUGGCCAUUCAGGCUGGCAAGCUGCUGGCCCGCCGCCUGUAUGGUCAGAGUGCAGCCCUCAUGGAUUAUCAGAACGUGUGCACGACCGUGUUCACGCCUCUGGAAUACGGCUGCUGCGGCUUUUCCGAAGAUGACGCCCUGGAUCAAUUUGGCGAGGACAUUGAAGUGUUCCACCAGAGUUUUACCCCCUUGGAAUGGACUGUGCCUCAUCGUCCUGAGAACGUCUGUUUUUGCAAGCUUGUCGUGCAGAAAUCAACCGACCGCGUCCUUGGAUUGCACUUCCUGGGUCCAAACGCCGGCGAAGUGACGCAGGGCUUUGGCAUGGCCCUCAAGCUCAAGGCCACCAAGGCGCAGUUUGAUGAUUUGGUGGGCAUCCAUCCCACGGUUGCAGAGACGUUGACCACCAUGGACAUUACAAAGGCAUCAGGCGAGUCAGCCGAUGCCGCUGGUUGCUGAGGUUAAUUCCCUCAUUACACCUGGCAUGCUGCUGAGUCGAGCUUUGCUCGACAGCAGCAUCGUGUAUUGAGGGAUGUGGUAAACUGUGCGAUGUCGGUCUGGUGGGCCGUGGCGCGCGUACUCGAUGCUUUGUAAAUUUUCCUAGACCCUUGUGGGGUCGUUUGCAAAAGUGCCGAGUGCCCUUGUGAUGUUCUUUGGUCGAAACCUUACCCAGGGACCUUUGAGCAGAUUGCGUCCAUGGUUUUUCUCCCCCAGCGCUGCGCGCAAGAGAUCUGGUCCUCACUUCUGAUUGGCUCGGAAUGGAGUGGUACCGUGAUCUCUGAGACUGUGUUUGUGUGUGCUUGUGUUCACGUGGCGUGAGCUUUGUGUAUUUUUGACUCAUAUGCAUGAUGUCAAAUUUAUCGAGUCACACAUGCUG